UAUACGAAUAAUUCAGUUAGUAUUCAGACUCAAACAUGCUUCCACUAAGGAAAUGUGGAAUUUUAUCAAGAACUUACUUCUGAUAAGCAUCAUCUCAUUCAAUUUGUUUACAAUAACAUACACGAGUACAGGGAGGUCAAAUUUUGAAUAUGAAAUUGCUCCCACAACCAAUUCAUGGUUUUGUGUGUUGUAUCGUAUUUCAAGUUGUGAAAGUGGAAAUGUUACCCACAAAGAAAUUUGGAAAGGUCGAAAUGUGGCUCAAAUUUUGAGAAUACGGCGAAGGUUACGUGGACGAGGAAGGAAUAGAGUCAGAAGACGACGAAGAAGGCCCAUUCGCCGCCGCCGCCGGCCACAAAGAUUGACGCUUAGAAACUCUGCAUAUUCACAACUCAUUCAAAGUGCUGUGCAAAAUUUGGCGACGGUCUCCAUCGGUGUCACAGAUAAUUACAGUUCAUCUCCCAACGGAGUUUUGCUCUUGUUGGUAUUUGGGGUGCUUCCAGUGCUGAUUCUGGUGGCUGGCGUUGCGACCUUUGUGAUGGGGCCAGUUGUAACCGCAGUUGCGUCGCUAUUGCUACCAUUGGCAGGUUUCGGACUUUUCCUUCUUCCAGCCGUGGUUCUGAGAGGCUUGACUCCGGCGUCGUCGAGUCCUGAGUUGCUUCCAGUGCCCGAUUUAGUAGACUAUUAAAGUCUGCAAUAAUUUAUUGUCAAAUUUGUCAUGAACGAAACUUUAAUCAAUGCUUAGUAAACCAAUGAAAAUAAAAAUAUGAUGAAAUACAACAAGUGUGUCAAGACAAACCUUCGCCAUAUCUGCUCUGCCAUAUUAAUUUCAAAUUUUCUGUGCGUAACGCAUCUAACUGCGGAUGACUUAAGAGAUCAACCCAAUGUUCAGCAUAAUGACAGAAUAGCAUCGACAUCGACGAUUAGACCGUGGCCAAGUGCAAAUUUUUUCAAAAAGGUUUUGAAUAUCAAGCAGAGUCGUGCCACAGUUCGACCCAGACAUGGCGAUAAUAAUGCCACGCAGCAUUCAUGGUCUCAUAAUCAUUAUGCACACGAAAAACCAACUACUAAUUCUUCUUCCAAGUUGUCCUCAGUACCCAAAUUAAACUCAAAUUUUCGAAAACGAUAUACAAAUAAGAAAAUUAGGGUGCCGUAUCAGGCAGACCAGAACCAUAAAAAUCAGAGCGGUGACACCACGCAAAGCAAGAGAGACGCAAGUAUCACACACAAGAAAGUAGUGCCCACUGCUUCUGUUACGACCAGUGUCCCAUUUGUGGAAAGAAACAGCAAUUCUACAUAUAAGGAUAAAGGUACAGAAAAUCAGGGGAAAGUCUUCUCACAAGACGAAGAUGAUGAACGCGAUGAUAUUUUGGCAUGGAAAGGUCAUCCUGAUGAUGCUGGCCCAGUAAUUAAGCAAAACAAUUACGGUGUUGGGUUUCAAUAUGAAAUAGCUCCCUAUCAAUCGCAUAAUUUGCACCAUUCAACUCCAGAUCUUAAAAGCACACCCAGACCGGAAAUCAUAACCACACCAAUGACGACUACCACCCGCACCAAAACUACUACGCCUUCUUAUAUUGAUCCUGCUACAAGAUAUGAGGAAGGGGAAAGUAUUGCCUCUGAAGAUUCAGAGAGGUCCAACCCCUGGAAAAAGGUACCAACAUUGACGGUGACAAUCCGUCCAGCUGUUGAUCAGUUGUACCCCAGCUCACCACUCCCACCCACGAGAACAAAGGUCAAGAAGAGACCACAUUGGGGUUUGGGGUCCACCCAGAGGCCAACAACAUCGCAUAUUCACAACCAUUUCCCAUUUAAGACGAGAGUAAAAACUACGCCACCUCCAAGUUACACAAUAGCACAUUUAGACUUUGACACGCCAGCUUCACCAUCUCCGACAGAAUCCUCAUUUAGUAAAACUCCAGACUUAUCGUCCGCAUAUGAUGAAAGUUUUUUCGGGUUUAGUUCUUACAAACCUAAACCAUUUUCACCGACGACAGUCCCGCAACAUGUUCAUAUCCGCCCCCACUUUGAAAACUACCAUCAAGUCAAACCCAGUGAAAUUGCGAGUUUACAAGGGCAACUUCCAUCCUCCUCCGCAUCGUCCUUGUCGUCAUUGACCCGACCAUUCACAAACAUCUGGUACAAACCUAUAAUAAACCAUUUCAUAUCUUCAACGAGCAGUAGCAGCAGUGGUGCCGAUCAUCAAAACACGGAGACAACUGCAAGUAAUGAUUUUCACGGCGGAGGGUUGAUCUUCAAAAUUUGGAACUAUAACAAUGGGAAGUUGACGCUGGUGAAUGAAAAUGUGAUCCCGGCCGGAUCAGCUUUGGACAGCUUCCAAUUGGAGAAUGGGUCAAUUUUGAAUCUUGACGAAAUUCCGAUUUCUGUUCAGGAUGUUGUCGCUUCCGCUAUUUCAGAAUUUAAUGAAAAUCAGAAGAAUAAUUUCAACAUAUUUGACACACCCAACUAUUACAACAGUGAACCAACACUAAAAAUCAACUAUGGUCACGAAAUAACCGAGCAAAUUGCAAAACCAAUAGCGUCAUUGCCACACCAGGAGAAAAAGUAUGUGAACUAUGUCAUAAUGGAUAGAAAAAGUCCAGCAACGCCAGAAUUAGACGACAUGACAUACCGGCCUACUUUGGAGUUUGGGAUCACUACAGAUGGUGCCCAGUCAUUUCCUGCAAAUUCCCACAUGUUAAAAGUUGACCAUCAGGUGUCAUCCAGUUACAGACCUCAAGUUAUUGACUCUGACACUAAAGAGACGUCUAUUGAUGAACAAUCUUGGCAACAACUUUACAAUCUGCUGCUGUCAGUCCAAGAUAUCCAGCUCCCUACACCCGUUGAGCACGAGUCUGACCCACCGGUAACACGCCCGUCCCCAAUUGCAUGGACAGACAGCUUUUCACCGGAAAAAGUUGGACACCAGCAAUUCUUGGCCGAUUUGGCUUCAGCUGCUAUCCUGAUUUCAUACCUUAAUAAGAAGAAAACUGGUGCCGCUGGUCAUCAGUCACUUCUAAACACUGUUCACUCAUCCCCAAAUCAAUCUCCAGAUAUUAACAUAAACACAACCCAACUUAUUCAACUACUUGCUCAACAAAUAAAUAAUACAAUGACCAACCAUCGGACUAACAACCUUCAAGUUCAAGCUCAUACUACAAAGUCGCCCAAAGUCAGUACCAAAAAAAAUACCAAGAAACCUCAAAGAAAACUCAAGUCUCUCCUGGUUAAAGGCCUAAUUAAGAAAGGGAUUAAGAAGAAGAUCAAAGCAAAAAAGAAGAAGAAAAUAGCCAACGUUAUGUCCAGUAUCGCAGCCCCAAUCGCACAGUUAUUCAAACACCCCAAGGAAUAUUGGUUUGAUGUCAAAUUUGAUGUGGAUCUUUAUGACAUUAUGAAGAAGAAAUUCCUCUACUACUUGGCCCUGAAAUACAUGCCAGUGGCGUUGGUGGUUGCUCUAAAGUUGGUCCCCUUGGCUUUAGCGAUGAUUCCACUGCUCUGGAAAAUCUACUGGGUCAAGAAAAAGCCAAAAUACAUCAGAGUCCCGGUACCAAUACCAGUCCCCAAACCGUAUCCUGUUUACAAAUAUUUGAAACCCCACCACAAGCACCACAGUUCGUAUCAUGAUGACCACAAGUACAGCUCAUCAGACACCAAUAAAUUAUACGAGGGUGCUACCUUGCCCCCACCAUCUCACCAAUUCCACCCCGAAUACAUACCCCCACCACCACCGAUUAUACUAAAAACACCCUACGGACCACAUCCCAUCGACCUUCAGAACGAGGCAAAUCGAAUAUAUAAAGAUGAUCAGCUAUUCCGUCCACAAACCGUCACCAACGCCUACGAGUUUGGUUUUGACCUUGGCUCAAAAAUGGGAUCUACGUCUACUCUCCUAACCAAUCAUGACAGGGAAGUGCUCAAAAUUUUAAUACAAAGUCGGAAAGACAAGCUCAAAAAAUUAUUGCAAAAAUGGAAUCUUCUUCCUGAUAAAAGAAUGUCCUCAACUUCCAUUCAAAGGUUGGGACAUUUCGUGACAGAGUCAAAUCACAAGGAGAACAUUAAUAAGUUGGCCAACGAAGGUUUAGAAACUAAUCAAAUUCUGAGAUAGUAUGAGCCCAGCAUUAAAUAUCAGGCUCGAGUUAGAAAAAACAGGAGACGACGUUAAAUUUUCUGCAAACUUUAACUGAAUUAUAUUCAAAAUUAUCAUUUGACGUUACACAUGAUGACAUAUGUAGGACAUUGACUUAUCGGAUACAUUUUAAUUAGUUAAAUAAGUCCAUAUUGGUUUGUAUUUUAAAAUAAUAAAGUGUUUUAGAUCGUAGAAAGAUA